AUGCUCAAACACAGCCCCUGUGGACGUGGCCGCCAGGCCGCCAGCCCCAUGCAGGCCCGCCAGCUCACUCUCAGUCCCGGGGCGGCUGGGGCUCUUCGAGGCUACGGCACCAUCGUCAAUAUUUUCGCCGGGGUGUACUUCGGUGGACUCGUGGCGUGCGCCAGCUCGCUUUAUUUCUUGUACAAAGACGCGGACUCCCGGCAGGAGAUUCCUUUUCUGCUCAGCCUCGAGGACCAGAUCCUCACCGUCAAGGCCAUCGGCAAAGACGACGUGUUGAAGAGCCCGCGCCAUGCCGUGAAGCACUACCGGCGGCUUUUGCUCAACAUGGCCAAGGCGGAAACGCCGGGGUUGCAGUUCGACGAAACCUUGCCCGACGGCACCAUCAACUACGCCGUGCCCUUGUUGCCCGCGGACGUGUUGGUGCAGCCCAAACACGCCGAGUUGUCCAACUUCUACAUCGACAUGGUGUUGCGCUACUCCAAGGCGUUGUUGGCCAAAAACCAGCCCGACACGUCCGUGGCGAUCUUGAAGGCGGUCAUCGACAACGACGACAUUUUCUAUCGCAUAGGCGACGCGGAGCGCAUGGGCCAGUGCUGCCGCGUGUUGAGCGCAGUCUGCCCGUCUGCCGAGGACAAGGUGGCGUACUUGCAGCGCUCCAUCCACAUGCUCCAGCAGAGGUUCGGCAGUAUUCUGCUCGAUCUGCAGUAUUUGCUCCAGGACAGGACCACCAUCUCCAACGAGCUAGUGUUGUCGUUGAAUGCGUUGGCGUUUGCCUAUGCGCUGCAGGCACAGGCGGCGCCACGGCGACAGAGGCCUGUGUUUUUGACGCGGUCCCUCAACAUCUACUUGGCCAACUUGAAAGCGGUGUCUGCCGUCAGGGAGAAGUUGGCGCGGGGCGAAAUCACCCAGGCCGCAGUGCCGCUUUUCGACUGCCAGCCGGCCAAUGUCGAGGCCACAGAGGCCGAGAUCAAGGCGCACGUGGCCGAGAUUCUCUGGGCGAAAGGCUACCAGAAGCAAGCCGUGGCGUGGGCCGAAGAGCUCGUCCAGGCCACUUUCUACGACAAGGGCAACAACGCCCGGGUGUCCAAAGUGGUUUCCGAUACCUUGGACGACUUGAUCGUCAUGUACGGCAAGCUCAAGAACCCCGCGGCGCAGGAGAGGUGCCGGCAGGCCAAGUCCGAGGUCGCUGUGUUGGAGUACGACGAGAACUCGUGGUACACGAGCGUGAUCCAGAAAUUUACGAAGGUCAUCUACUACAAGGGCCCGCUCGGCAUCAUCGAGAAAGGCUUGAAGGAAAGGUUCGGCCCCGAGCAGCCGCUUCCUGAGCUCGAGGAGUUUGAGGAAGAGGACCAGGAAUAG